AUGAGGAGGCAGAAAAGGCUCCAGAUUGGAGAGGAACGCCCAUCCCUGAACCCGAAACAACCACCAGGCGGAAGUGAAAGGAAACGAACUCGGUCAGGAGCUCCAGUCGGCGGCGGAGACAUGAGCGCUUCAAGCUUUUAUUCCGUUCUGCUGGACAUUUCAAAUAUGCUCAAAGAGGAAAACCUAGAACAACUCAAGUUUCUAGUUCGAGACCACAUUGGGAAACAAAAGAUGGAAAGGAUCAAAACAGGACACCAACUGUUUGAGAUUCUGACGGAAAGAGGCCAACUAGGAAAGGACAAAGCAGACUAUCUAUGUCAGCUUUUGCGGCAGGUCCAGCGAGAUGAUCUAUCCGAGAAGCUAAGCAACUGGGAGGUCCAGCAAGAAGAUCCCAAAUACGGCUUGAGCUACACCGAGAGAGGUUAGAUUAGCGGUUCUCAACGUGGGCGGUACCGCCGCCCCCAGGAGGCCUUCAGAGGACGGCAUCUUUACAAAAGGGGGGCGCUGGGAUGCCUUUGGUCGAAGGUAAACUUUACACCUUAAUUGCACAACAAUGC